AAUACUAAUGUGCAUGCUUGACGGUACUCUGGGCAGUCAUCACCACCAUCUCUCCUUUGAUCACUCAUCACAUCUAAUUUCGUUUUCAAUACCUCCCUCUUCGUAGUCUCAUUUCCCCUACGCACGAGGCAAACAUGGACAGUUCAGCAUUCUCGAUAACACUCACCCCUGCUCAGCUAUUCGUCGGCGCCAGCCUGCUGGGCGUCGCCAUUCUGAACAGCGCCAAAAGCAUUUCCUCUAUGUGGGACGACUGUUCUGGCAGCUUGCACGGCAUCCCCCUUUUCGACGCGCUCAAUGCGCACUGAGGGAGUGCCGAUCAGGAUCGCCAGGAAUCAUUCGCCCCCAGCGUCCUCUCCCGUUCACGAUUCUCCCGAGACCUACAGUCUUCGAAUCCUAACUGCCUUCUUCGAAGGCCUCUGUGGGAAAUACUACGAAAGUCAGGAGCAAUUGUUCAAGGCGGCGCUCUGAACAUGGCGCUCUUAAAAAGCAUCCAUAGCUACCUGCGAACUCGUACCAGAGGACAUGUGAAACUCCAUGAAGUUGCUUGGGUCGUCUAUCGCAACCUCCCACCUGGUGAGGAUUCUUUGAGACCGUUGGGCAGAGUUCAUAUUACGAAGGAAGAAAAAGGUAGUGACCGGACAUGCAACCACAUUUGGCGAACAGCACUGCGAAUCCUCAGGGACUUUGGGGAUAAACCGAAGUUUCGGAAGCCUUCUCAAGCCCACAACCAUCCCACAACCAUCCCACACACAAACAAGACCCUGUAAUAGAACAUAUCGAGCGAAUAAACGGCCCUCUCCUAGCA